GAGAAAGCUGACACAGCCAAGUCAGAGGAAAGCGCCAAGAUACAUUUCUUUAGUUUCUGGAAACAAAAAUUGGGCAGACUCCGCUUCCAGCUACGAUCUAGCGGCCGGGAUUUCCAACGCUCCGGGCCCAGAGUUUCGCGCGGACCCCCCCUGAAGGGCCCCCAGCUCCGCCAAAGCCGCGCCCAAGGGGCCGUCGUUACCCCCUAGAAAGGCCCUCCGCCGGCUCCGCCUUUGCCCGCCCAGGCCCCGCCCCGGCCGCGCGCUGUCCUGCUCUGCUCGCGGACUCACUUGGGCGAGCGAGCGGCAGCGCUUGGCCUUGUGGCAGGCGGCGGAGGCCGGCGAGGGCGCCGGAGCCGCGGGCAGCGGCGGGGCGCAGGGAGGCGCGCACGGGGGCUCGGACGGCGCGGCGUUGGCCGCUGCGGGCGCCGCUGAGCGCUCUCACCCUCAGUCGCGCAACUUCGAAACCAGGACGCGGGAGCCUGAGGAGCGCUCGAGCCCCGGAGCCUGAGGAGCGCAGAGAGGGGCACGCCGGAGCCUGGCCGGAGAGCGGGCGCCGGGUACCCAUAGCGUUCCGAGCGCCGGGCAGCCCUCAGCGAAGCGUGGCUGCCUCUGCCCCCACGGAGGGCACGGGCUGGCGCGGCCGGGCGCCGGGGAGGACGGCGAGGAGGAGGCGGCGGCGGCGGAGACGGCGGCGGCGAGGCUGGGGCCAGGGAGAGAGCCCUGGGGGAGAGGCGCCCGAGCCGGGCCGCGGGAGCAUGUGGGCCCGGAGCGGAGCGCGGGGCGCGCUACUGCUGACACUCCUGCUCUGCUGGGACCUGAGGCUGAGCCAAGCAGGCACUGAUUCUGGCAGCGAGGUGCUCCCAGACUCCUUCCCGUCGGCGCCGGCAGAGCCGCUGCCCCACUUCCUGCGGGAGCCGCAGGACGCCUACAUCGUGAAGAACAAGCCGGUGGAGCUGCGCUGCCGUGCCUUCCCCGCCACGCAGAUCUACUUCAAGUGCAACGGCGAGUGGGUCAGCCAGAACGACCACGUCACGCAGGAGAGCCUGGACGAGGCCACCGGCCUGCAGGUGCGAGAGGUGCAGAUCGAGGUGUUGCGGCAGCAGGUGGAGGAGCUGUUUGGGCUGGAAGAUUACUGGUGCCAGUGCGUGGCCUGGAGCUCUGCGGGCACCACCAAGAGUCGCCGGGCCUAUGUCCGCAUUGCAUACCUGCGCAAGAACUUCGAUCAGGAGCCCCUAGGCAAGGAAGUGCCCCUGGACCAUGAAGUUCUCCUGCAAUGCCGCCCACCAGAGGGGGUGCCUGUGGCUGAGGUGGAAUGGCUCAAGAACGAGGACGUCAUCGACCCCACCCAGGACACCAACUUCCUGCUCACCAUCGACCACAACCUCAUCAUCCGCCAGGCUCGCCUGUCAGAUACGGCCAACUACACCUGCGUGGCCAAGAAUAUCGUGGCCAAGCGCCGCAGCACCACCGCCACCAUCAUUGUCUACGUGAACGGCGGCUGGUCCAGCUGGGCCGAGUGGUCACCCUGCUCCAACCGCUGUGGCCGUGGCUGGCAGAAGCGCACACGGACCUGCACCAACCCCGCCCCACUCAAUGGAGGUGCCUUCUGUGAGGGCCAGGCCUUCCAGAAGACUGCCUGCACCACCGUGUGCCCAGUCGAUGGCGCGUGGACAGAGUGGAGCAAGUGGUCGGCCUGUAGCACCGAGUGUGCGCACUGGCGCAGCCGCGAGUGCAUGGCGCCCCCUCCCCAGAACGGAGGCCGGGACUGCAGCGGGACCCUGCUUGACUCCAAGAAUUGCACCGACGGGCUGUGCGUGCAGAAUAAGAAAACUCUAAGUGACCCCAAAAGCCACCUUCUGGAGUCCUCGGGGGAUGUGGCGCUGUACGCAGGCCUUGUGGUGUCCAUCUUCGUGGUGGUGACCGUCCUCGUGGUGGUAGGGGUGGUCGUGUACCGCCGCAACUGCCGGGACUUCGACACCGACAUCACCGACUCGUCCGCCGCCCUCACUGGCGGCUUCCACCCAGUCAACUUUAAGACUGCGAGGCCCAACAACCCGCAGCUCCUGCACCCAUCUGUGCCUCCGGACCUCACUGCCAGUGCGGGCAUCUACCGCGGACCCAUGUACGCCCUGCAGGACUCGGUCGACAAGAUCCCAAUGACCAACUCACCCCUGCUGGACUCCCUGCCCAACCUCAAGAUCAAGGUCUACAACUCUAGCACCACCAGCUCUGGGCCAGGCCUGGCAGACGGGGCUGAGCUGCUGGGAGUCCUGCCACCCGGCACGUACCCUGGUGAUUUUGCCCGGGAUGCCCACUUCCUGCACCUGCGCAGUGCCAGCCUCGGCUCCCAGCAGCUCCUGGGCAUGCCCCGUGACCCGGGGAGCAGUGUCAGCGGCACCUUUGGCUGCCUGGGCGGGAGGCUCAGCAUCCCUGACACAGGGGUCAGCCUGCUGGUGCCCAAUGGAGCCAUUCCCCAGGGCAAGUUCUACGAGAUGUACCUCCUCAUCAACAAGGCAGAAAACACCCUCCCGCUUUCGGAAGGGACCCAGACAGUAUUGAGCCCUUCGGUGACCUGCGGGCCCACGGGCCUCCUGCUGUGCCGCCCCGUCAUCCUCACGGUGCCACACUGCGCUGAAGUCAGUGCCGGUGACUGGAUCUUCCAGCUCAAGACCCAGGCCCACCAGGGCCACUGGGAGGAGGUGGUCACCCUGGAUGAGGAGACCCUUAACACCCCCUGCUACUGCCAGCUGGAGGCCAGGUCCUGCCACAUCCUGUUGGACCAGCUGGGCACCUACGUCUUCACGGGUGAGUCCUACUCUCGCUUGGCAGUCAAGCGGCUCCAGCUGGCCAUCUUCGCCCCCGCCCUCUGCACCUCUCUGGAGUACAGCCUCAGGGUCUACUGCCUGGAGGACACGCCCGUAGCACUGAAGGAGGUGCUGGAGCUGGAGCGGACCCUGGGUGGCUACCUAGUGGAGGAGCCGAAACCCCUGCUGUUUAAGGACAGUUACCAUAACCUGCGCCUCUCCCUCCAUGACCUGCCCCACGCCCACUGGAGGAGCAAGCUGCUGGCCAAGUACCAGGAGAUCCCCUUCUAUCACAUUUGGAGUGGCAGCCAGAAGGCCCUGCACUGCACCUUCACCCUGGAGAGGCAUAGCCUGGCCUCCACGGAGCUCACCUGCAAGAUCUGCGUGCGGCAGGUGGAGGGGGAGGGCCAGAUAUUCCAGCUGCACACCACGCUGGCAGAGACGCCUGCCGGCUCCCUGGACGCCCUCUGCUCCGCCCCCAGCAGUGCAGUCACCACCCAGCUGGGACCCUACGCCUUCAAGAUCCCCGUUUCCAUCCGCCAGAAGAUAUGCAACAGCCUGGACGCCCCCAACUCGCGCGGCAAUGACUGGCGGUUGUUGGCGCAGAAGCUCUCCAUGGACCGGUACCUGAACUACUUUGCCACAAAAGCGAGCCCCACGGGUGUGAUCCUCGACCUCUGGGAAGCUCUGCAGCAGGACGACGGGGACCUCAACAGCCUGGCGAGUGCCUUGGAGGAGAUGGGCAAGAGCGAGAUGCUGGUGGCCAUGGCCACCGACGGGGACUGCUGAGCUGCCCCAAACCCGCAGGCUGUUAGGGACCAGCAGGCGGCUGGCACAGGCAGACCCAGGGCAACCUCCUGUGGGGCAGUUGGGCCUCCUCUGCUCCCGAGCUCACAGCCAGAAUCGCCCUUCCUCCUCCUCCUCCCCUUGCCCCCCCCCACCCAGACCACGACCAGCCUUAGGAAAUCCAUGGACGUUGUUGUUGGGAGGACCCAGCGGUCCUUCUCCACCUCCUGCUGUCUCUCCUGACCUCAGACCGCUGUGCAGGAACCGGGGUGGGGAUGGGGCCUCUGGAGGCAGCUAGGGGAGCAAGGAGGUGGCCCUCCCACCCUGUGCCCCAGGGUCUCUGGGGUGCAUCUGUUUUAGUUGUGCUCUUCAUUUUCUUCCUCAGCUAUUGAUUUCUCCCUCCUCCCUAAGCCCCUUUCUCCUUUCACACUGUUUUCCUCUUCGAAGAGUCAAGUACAGUUCAGACAAACUGCUUUCUCCUGUCCACAAGCAAAAAGGAAGAGGAAAGAAAGAAGGAAAGAAAGAAAGCUUCAGACUGCUAGUAAGGCUCAAACAAAGAAGAAAAACACCAAAACCACAAGGGAAAAGAAAACCCAGUUUCUUAGGAAACGCAAAUGAUUUAUUAUCCAGAUAUUUGGAUAAGUCCUUUUUAAGAAAAAAAAGAAAAAGAAAAUGAAAAAACAACACAAAAAAAAUAGAAAACACUUUUCUUGAGUAUGGGUGAGUGUGGGCAUGCUCGCGGUUCUGGCCAGCAGCGUGUGUGUGUGUGUGUGUGUGUGUGUGUGUGUGUGUGUGUGUGUGUGUGAAUCAGGGAGAGAGAGACUGAAUAGGGAACACUUUGCUGCUAAUGAUUUUAUCUUAGACUGAAUUCUUACAAGGCCUCAGCUUCCACAGCUCUACAGGGUCAGAUGAGGUUUGAGCUGUGGUCCCAUGUUUCUUCCUAAAAUCUUAAGCAGAUGCUGAAUCAGUAAAGCCAAGGAGCCCUGAGAUCGGGCUUGGGGUGGGGUCCUGCCUCCCUCUCACAGCCCCAGGCGGGUGCUGCAAGUCUCAUCUGGGCUCCCAGGAAUCCAGAUGAAGAUGCCCUGGGAUGGAAAGUGUGGGCGGGCCAGCCCAGCUGUGAGCCAGGGAGAAUUUCCAGUACUGUGGUCUGGUGGCUUCUGGAGAGGGGCCAUGGCCCAGAAGCGGGACCCUAACAGAGAGAGAGAAGUCAGGGAUGAGAAUCCCCCAUGGACAGGACACAUCUCUCUCCCGCAUCCCAGGGUGGGGCCAGCCAGGACACGCCCACCCAGCAGCCUCUAGACCAGGUGGGCUGGAGCAGGUGGGUGUUCUCUUAAUGCCCGGGAUCUGCCCUUUCCCAGGCUUGGUUACUUCUGUAAAACAGAAGGGGUGGAUAAGAGGGCGUCUCUAGCUGCAGAAGCCUGAGCUUCUGGGGUCAGUGUGGCUUUGAGGAACGUGUUAGCAGCCGUCCCUGCGGGUGGCGUGGGAGGCUGGGAGGUGGCUGCUCGGCUGUGCUUUACGCACUGGCCUGGAGUGGAGGAGGCAGGGUGGAGGGCUAUUUUCCCAGCUCUGAUCUCCACAGGCACCCCCUGUCACCCUCCCUCCACAGUCUGACGGAAGCUUUGACAGGCAGCAUUGCCAGGGUGGAGAGCCUGGCACCCCCUCUCCAGCCUGUUCCAGGAUGUUCCAAGGGGCCAUCAGGGUCCCUUUUUGGCCAUCUGGUGGUGGCUGGAACCAGAAUCUUGAGCUGGCACAGAGGCCACAUCAAAGGCUUCUCCUCCUUGGCACCCGAGCCAAAGCAAGUGCCACCUCUGGGCAUUGACCCCAGGGCUUUGCCCCAGCAGGUCCGUGAGCAUCCUGGCCUUUAUGACCCCAGGGCUUGCCCCAGCAGGUCCAUGAGCAUCCUGGCCUUUAAAGGUCUGGUCUCCUGGGAGGAAGGCAGGUUUGGGGGCUGUAGUCCCAGCCAAUGUCCCCAGCCAGGCUUUCCUGCCAUGCACCAGGGAGCUUAUGGGGAUAGUGGGAUUCUUACCACCCACCAGCCCCCCGGGCAAUGGGUUGGCUGUGGGCAGUCAAGGGCCUGCUGGGUUUGAGAGAGAGGGUUCCUUUUUAUCAGUGCUGCUGAAGGGGCCAGGCCUGCAUGGGGCUUGGGCCCCUGAGGCUGAGACCAUAGCUCUUCAUUCCCCAGUGCCUGUGUGGACGUUGCCUCAGACAAAGGCAGUGAGCCUUCCCUGCCAAAGGUGCCUGUCCACUACAGGCUCAGCGUCCCGGCUCGCUCCUAGUCUGAGCUGUGCGGGCCUGUGUGGUAGCUUGAGGGCAGCCUGGAGUCAGCGUUCCAGCUCCAGCUUUGCCAUUAAACCUCUGUGUGACUUCAGGCAUAUGACUGCCUUCUUGGGGCCUCUGUUCCUUUUUCUACCAAGGCCCCACGGCUGCUGUCUGAGGCCUCUGGGGCUCUGAUACGUCACUCUAGUCUCCUGAUGGGAACGCUAGUGGGUAGAAGUUGACGGUGGUCUGCCAUGUCCCGCCUCCGUUCCCCACCCUCAGAAGCGAGCUGCUUCCUCAGUGCCCAGGACGGGAGCUCUUGGUGGGUGAGGCCGGGCCAGCCCCCCAGGUGCCAUUUCUAAUCGGAUUCCUAGAAAUUGUGUACCAGGGCCUGGAGCACGGAACCAAUGGGCUGAAGCCUCCUGGGAGGGUUCAAACUGUCCAGCUUUAUAAGAAAAGCCUGGAAAGGAUUUGCUGGCUCCAUCAAUCUGCCACGGCUGCUGUGACUACGUCUGCAGACUGCCCGCCUCAGGGUGCGAUGGACGUUCCUCCGCUUAUUCGAGCCUGAGAGGCAGCCCCACACAGCUGAGUACCUUGAGAACCGCAGAUUAAGUGCCACUGCAGGAAUGCAGGGCCCUCGCGCACUGUUGACGUCUCUCUCAUCUCUGUGGUGUGUUUGCGCGUGUGUGCGUUGGGGGGGGGGGGCUUUUAUCCGCGGGCACAUUAGCGUGCCUCUCCGGGAACGUGACCCCACCUGUGUGUACAUGUGUGCCCUCGCGUCCAGGCUGGGCCACCUGGAGGUUGGUGUGCCUGGUUUUGCCCUCUCUGAGUCCACAGGGUCAGUCGGUGUAUCUUCUAUGUGCCUCUCCCUCGGCCUUCCCUCGCAGUGCCCUGGGCUCCAGAGGGACCCUCCCCACUCCUGGAAGAUCCAGGACCCUCUGGUCCCUUUUCCCCAGCAACCAGGCAGCUGAGCCAGGUCCCUUAGCAGGCCCUCUAAGGAGAGGUGACCAAGAGCCUGGGUGCAGGGAGCAGCUCUCCUGUGGGCCAGGGGCUGGACCACUCGCCUGGGCCAUGGACAUGGUUCUAUGCUCGGGGCUGCAGGGCUGCAGGGAUGGCCCCAAUCCCACCUCUGUUUAUUCUGUAAA